AUGGAUGCGACGCAGGCAGAGCAUGCGCGGCAAGUCCGCGAAGCCACCCUGGCCCAGAUCACCGCCUUGGUCGAGUCUGACAUCAAGGCAUUGCGGCAGCGGACCCCAGACCAUGUGCUCAAGGCCAUCGCUGCGGCAAAGGAUUUGAAGUACGUCAAGGACAGGCAAAUGCAAGGCGACAACUUUGUGCACACGUGGAUGGCCGAGUACUGCCACUGCGAGAUGCUGGACGAGACGCUCAGCUGCAAAGGCAACAAUGUCCUGCCCAACGUGCUCAAAUACCUGGGCCAGUUCCGUGGCAUCGCGGGCACGCAGCCACUCGAUCAAGUGUUCUGGGCCUUCGGAGUUGUUGUUUUCUAUCAAGCGGCCUGGGAUGACCGCUUCCAAUUCAGGUACGUGUUGUGCCUUUGCGAUUACACGGUGCUGCCAGCGAAUGUAGAUUACGUGAGGGACUCCGUGGAGCUGCUGGCAAACUUGCUUGCCAGCAGCUCCAACAACGUGGGCCUCUUGCAGCUUCCGCUGCCGCAUCGCUCGAUGGCUUCGUCAACGAGCGUCAAGCACAGGCGGACCGUGGAGGACUUGUUGCUGAAGGCAAAGAUCAAUGCAGACUCCGUGACAGCCCUGCUUUUCGAGAAGCCUGCCGACGCAAGUGCAUCUGACAAGCGGUCCCUGACGCAAACCUGCUUGACCUGCCUCUUCAGUGGCUUCGAUGCAACAAGCUGGAGCGCUUCGCGAGUCUUGCAAGAGUGCCGAAUGGGACCCUUCCCGCUCCUGAAAGUCGCGGACUUCCUGGGCUACGAGACCUCGCGGAAGGGAGUGCCGCUGCAUGAGGGCAUCCUCGAUGCUUUCAUGGAUGGCAUGGGCUUCUCCGAAACGGACAGGCUGGUGAUCGUGGACCUCUGUCCCAACAGGCAAGCCGAGUUUGCCCGCGCGGCCGUGAACAAGAUGAUUGCGAGCGAAGGCAAGAGUUGCAUGCGCUACGUCGGCCUCUUCCGCCCGGAGCAUGCUGAUGUGAAAGCGGAGCUCAGCGGCAAGAUCUACUCCUGGUGGGAUAACAGCAGCGCCGCCCCUGCAAAGAGACGCGCUGGAGAUGAUGUCGAUUUGGAGGCGGCGACCGUGCAGCUGCAGAUCCUUUCCUUGCAGGGCUCCAAGCCCAUAUGGCCGUCUUCGCUUGAGGACAAGUUUCCGUGCGGUACCCCGGAGCAUGCAAAGCUCCUGGCAUUGCGCCAGGAGUUUUUGAAUGAGUUCCCGAAGCCGCGAGCUCUGAGCCAGAUGGGCCGACAGGCCUCUUCGGUCAGCCAGCAGACCCAGCGCCUGGCUGCGGAGUGCGACUACUCGCAGGAUGGAGAGCCGCUGGACGUUGAGCGGUGCGUGGACCUCGCAACGGUCCCCGUCGCAGAGCUGAACGAGACCAUGCUUUCCAUGGUCACUGGGCGCCCCGGCAAGCCGAGCAUCAUGAUCACGGCCGAGUACGCCUUGUGGAUCGGCAACACCAGAAACGUGCUGGAGGAAAGCUCCGGGGUGCCAUGGCGAUUGGGCAGCGACAAGGAGCUCGUUGUCGUGAACAAGUCAGCAUUGCCACUAUGCGAAUUGCUGCGGCUGAAGGCCACGGAGGAGGGCCUCGUGAAUGUGGAGCUGGAGUCCCACGUGGUGCUGCCCAAGCCUCCUACUGCUGCUGCGCCAGAAGAUGCCGCGACCCAGCUUGAUGAUGACGAAGCCCUGUUUGGGUUCAGAUAUGAUGUGGCCCCGACCGUGAGCUGCAAGACGAGUGUCUUCAAGCCAGCAGCGUUGAGCAAAGAGGAGACAGAGAAUGUCCGUGCUGUCUCCCUCGCCGCUCUCUUCAGUGGUAACUAUGACCGCUUGCCCCGCAACAAGAUUGCCACUGUGGCUUGGGAGGCCGUCGUGCUGCAACCACUGCGGGCUUUUCAUUAUGUCUGUAUAAUUACUGUUGCAGCAGCAAACGAUAAAAGGUUGUCGGGCAUCCUCCGUGGAGUCAAUCGUGUCAUUGAGCAGAUUACUUUGGUUCAGCUGUCAUUGUUUAUGUUGCAGGUGACGGUGAGCGGGACACCGCCCAAGAUCAUGCCGAUCAAGCCGAAGAUCUACUUGACCUGCAGCGUGCGACUGCCUCCGCAAAGUUGGUGCAAGGUCAGCUCCUGA